AUGUAUUUCAACCUGCACUGAGCGGAUGCGUUGUACUGAACUGGAAGUCACUGGAAGUGUCAGCAGGUGACCAGCAUCAUUCACAGUGUCAUUGUUACAUCUUUGGCUUCUAUGACACAUGGCUUCAGCUUUUUUAAAUAUACAUCUCAAUGUUUACAUUCACAUUCAGAAUCAGAGCAAAUACACAGUGAUUUCAUUACAUUAUAUUAUUUUUAAUUCACCUAUACCUAUAGUUUGAAAACCUAAACAACAAAACUACCAAAUUUAACAUGGGAGAGAUGUUAAUUCCAGUGUCUAGUGGAACAUAAUGUUCAAAGCAGCAGAUGCCGUUUUUCCCACCAAGUAUAGUAUGGAACAGUUUCUCUCUGUGUUCAUGUCUGUACAUUUUGUGCCUGAUAAGCAAACUAGUUUAGCUGAAUCGUCAGGUUUUGUAGGGCUCAGAAAAUCAAUGUUUGUUAACAGACAGAACAUAUAAAAGGAGCAGGCUUGCUGCUAGUGAACGAAGAUUCAGUGGUUUCUUUGCUGUGGGAAGAAGCUGCUUCCUCUCUGCUGGGAUGGCUCGCAUGUCUGCUUUCAGGUUCUCGGCUCUGGCUCUGCUGCUUCUGUCUGCCUACUGUUGGGCGGACAGCGAGGUAGAACCUUGUAAACCGUUAUCAGAUCUUUCUGUCUCUGAACUUCUGGAGAGAGCGAACAGACAUCGCAUUGGUUCCGAUGAUGAGCCCAUCCUGACUGAAGGAGACAUCGCCCUCGGCAGCGAGGCGGAGAGAAACGCCGACCCCUGCACCAGCCAAGGCUGCAAGUGGGGCAAGGCGUCUGAUGGAAAGGUCUACGUCCCCUAUUACAUCACCAACCACUUCUCCUCCCGUGAGAAGGCCAUCAUCGUCCGUGGCCUCGAGUCCUUCUCCUCCUUCUCCUGUAUCCGCUUCAGGCCCACCCAGAGCAGCGACCGUGACUGGCUGAGCAUUGAGUCCCAGAACGGCUGCUACUCCUUCGUUGGCCGUCGUGGUGGAAAGCAGGUGGUGUCUCUGGCCCGUAGUGGAUGUCUUUACCACGGCACCGUCCAGCAUGAGCUGCUGCACGCUCUGGGAUUCAACCAUGAGCAGACUCGCUCUGACAGGGACAACCACAUCCAAGUCCUGCUGCAGAACGUUCAGUCUGGAAUGGAGCACAACUUCAGGAAGAUCGCAACCCUCAACCAGGGCUCUCCCUACGAUUACAACUCUGUCAUGCAGUACCACAAAUACGCCUUCUCUAAGAACAACCAGCCCACCAUGCUCCCCAUCCCCAACCCCAACGUGUCCUUUGGCAACGCUAAGGAGAUGAGCCGCAACGACAUCGCCAGGCUUAACACACUCUACAAGUGCUAGGAAGCCUCUACUUGUCCUGACAGACACAUCAGACAGAAUGGCACUCAAGCAAGCAUUUAAUGAUCCUAAUAAAUUUAUUUGACUCAAA